AUGAAGUACAUCGUGUCCACCGAGACCUUGAACAUCCCCGAUGAUGUGAGCCUCAAGAUCAGAUCGCGUGUGGUCGAAGUUACAGGUCCCAGAGGCAAGCUGGUCAAGGAUCUGUCCCACAUUGCGGUCACCUUCACCAUCCCUAAGAAGCAAGUCGUUCAAAUCGAGAUCCACCACGGCUCGCGAAAGAACGUCGCUACCCUCCGCACCGUCAAGUCCAUCAUCCAGAACCUGAUCACCGGUGUGACCAAGGGCUACAAAUACAAGAUGCGCUACGUCUACGCCCAUUUCCCCAUCAACGUCAACAUCGAGAAGAACAAAGAGCAGGACCUGUACGAGCUUGAGAUUCGAAACUUCUUGGGCGAGAAGAUCGUCCGCCACGUCACCAUGAAGGAGGGCGUCACCGUCGAGCCGUCCAAGGGCGUCAAGGACCAGAUCGAGCUUACCGGCAACAGCGUCGAGAACGUGUCGCAGUCCGCCGCCGAUAUCCAGCAGGCUUGCCUCGUCAAGAACAAGGAUAUCCGAAAGUUCCUGGAUGGUCUGUACGUCAGUGAGCGGGGGACUAUUGCCGAGGAUUAG